CGCGCCGCCGCGCCGAGUCCGCGCGUCAGUCGAUGCCGAGCGCCGCUGCGGGGCGGCGGGCUGCAGACGGCAGAGAGUGCCGGCCCGGGAGGCGGCGGUGUCCGCGGGCGUCGCGUGAGAAGGCUCGGAGCCCGGAGACUCGCGCAGCGCGAUGGCCCCCAUCGGCCUCAAAGCCGUGGUCGGAGAGAAGAUCAUGCAUGAUGUGAUAAAGAAGGUAAAGAAGAAGGGAGAGUGGAAGGUGCUGGUGGUCGAUCAGCUGAGCAUGAGGAUGCUCUCCUCCUGCUGUAAGAUGACGGACAUCAUGACCGAGGGGAUAACAAUUGUGGAAGACAUCAACAAGCGCAGAGAACCGCUGCCCAGCCUGGAGGCUGUGUAUCUCAUCACUCCAUCUGAGAAGUCUGUCCACUCUCUCAUCAGUGACUUCAAGGACCCACCAACCGCCAAGUACCGGGCUGCACACGUCUUCUUCACUGACUCUUGUCCAGAUGCCCUGUUUAAUGAGCUGGUAAAGUCUCGAGCAGCCAAAGUCAUCAAAACUCUGACGGAAAUCAACAUUGCAUUUCUCCCAUAUGAAUCCCAGGUAUAUUCCUUGGACUCUGCUGACUCUUUCCAAAGCUUCUACAGUCCCCACAAGGCUCAGAUGAAGAAUCCUAUACUGGAGCGCCUGGCAGAGCAGAUCGCAACUCUGUGUGCCACCCUGAAGGAGUACCCAGCUGUGCGGUAUCGGGGGGAAUACAAGGACAAUGCUUUGCUGGCUCAGCUAAUCCAGGACAAGCUCGACGCCUACAAAGCCGAUGACCCAACAAUGGGGGAGGGCCCAGACAAGGCACGCUCCCAGCUCCUGAUCCUGGACCGCGGUUUCGACCCCAGUUCCCCUGUACUCCAUGAACUGACUUUUCAGGCUAUGAGUUACGAUCUGCUGCCCAUUGAAAAUGAUGUAUACAAGUACGAGACGAGUGGCAUCGGAGAGGCGCGGGUGAAAGAGGUGCUCCUGGACGAGGACGACGACCUCUGGAUAGCGCUGCGCCACAAGCACAUCGCAGAGGUGUCCCAGGAAGUCACCCGUUCUCUGAAAGAUUUUUCUUCUAGCAAGAGAAUGAAUACUGGAGAGAAGACCACCAUGCGGGACCUGUCUCAGAUGCUGAAGAAGAUGCCCCAGUACCAGAAAGAGCUCAGCAAGUAUUCCACCCACCUGCACCUUGCCGAGGACUGCAUGAAGCAUUACCAAGGCACCGUGGAUAAACUCUGCCGAGUGGAGCAGGACCUGGCCAUGGGCACGGAUGCUGAGGGGGAGAAGAUCAAGGACCCCAUGAGGGCCAUCGUCCCCAUUCUGCUGGACGCAAACGUCAGCACUUACGACAAGAUCCGCAUCAUCCUCCUCUACAUCUUUUUGAAGAACGGCAUCACUGAGGAGAACCUGAACAAACUGAUCCAGCAUGCCCAGAUCCCCCCGGAGGACAGUGAGAUCAUCACCAACAUGGCACACCUAGGGGUGCCCAUCGUCACAGACUCCACGUUGCGUCGCAGGAGCAAACCAGAACGGAAGGAACGCAUCAGUGAGCAGACCUACCAGCUCUCACGAUGGACCCCGAUCAUUAAAGACAUCAUGGAGGACACUAUUGAGGACAAACUCGAUACCAAGCACUACCCUUACAUCUCUACCCGCUCCUCUGCCUCCUUCAGCACCACCGCUGUCAGCGCCCGCUACGGGCACUGGCAUAAGAACAAGGCCCCGGGGGAGUACCGCAGUGGUCCCCGCCUCAUUAUUUUCAUCCUUGGGGGCGUGAGCCUGAACGAGAUGCGUUGUGCUUAUGAGGUGACCCAAGCCAACGGCAAGUGGGAAGUGCUAAUCGGUUCUACUCAUAUUCUUACUCCCACCAAAUUUCUCAUGGACCUGAGACACCCCGACUUCAGGGAGUCCUCUAGGGUAUCUUUUGAGGAUCAGGCUCCAACAAUGGAGUGAGAGCCAAAGAAACAAAGAUCCACGCACAUUCUCACCCCACAGAAACUGCUGGACACGCUGAAGAAACUGAAUAAAACAGAUGAAGAAAUAAGCAGUUAAAAAAAUAAGCCACCCCUCCAAAAAACGAGCCCUCUUCCCACAGUGCUCCUCGGCCCCUCCCACUGACCACCUUGGUUACUUUGCUGCCCCUCUCCCUCCAUUGCCUCCCCCGGCUCUGCACGCCCUGGCCAGCACGGUCACCGCUGCGUUCUUGUGUUUAAUGAUGGCCUCUUCUUCUUUGAAACAGAAGAAAAUAAUGCAUUGUGUUUUUUAAAAAGAGUAUCUUCUGUGUGUAUCCUAAGAGGAGAAGUUCAUGUGUGAGGGACACGCUGCUGGAGAAGCUUUGGAACUGUUUAGAGUGAAUGGACACCUUCUCCCUGUUAGUUCUGAUUCCCCGACCUUGUACAUAACCCAGUGCGCCAUGCGCAAAUUGCUUGAGUAUGGGAAGGUAGACAUUUGAGGAUUUUUAAAAACGUGUUUUGGGUUGUUCAUGUUCUUGUUGGGAAUCAUAGAGAUGUCUGUUCUUGGAGUAUUUCAAACGGGGGAUUAAUCUGUUAUCUUUGCUCCAGUUCCUGCCCCUCCGUGCCAGCUCGCAUCCAGAUAAGCUUGGAAGGGAAGAUCAGGCGACAUCUCAUGAGGUUUGAACUAGAACCAACCUCUGCUCUCUUCAGUGGCUCUUUUCUUUGGGGCUGUGGCUGGGGGUAGGGGUGUCCAUGUGAAGUCAGGCUGGGUGCCCGCUGGUGUCCAGCCUCUCACCAGUCUUCCCUGGCCCAUGUCCACAGCGCUGUGGCCCUGAGGGAAGGUGUUCUGCAGUCUAAGUCACCGUGCCCGACAAAUGAGGAGCAGGCAUCCCAUCGGGGGCCUUGUUCUCUUGGAGAAGUGGUUAGGCCUGAUCCUUUUGACCAGACGCCUUCCUUCCCUGGGCAUCACCCCGAACAGAGCUCCUCUUCCUUAGUGGGGUUAGCCUGGGUAGAGCUCAGGGGUCAGAAUGGACUAGAACAGAGUGGGUUCUGCGGGCUCCUGGUCAGAGGGCCCUUUCCUGUAGAGAGCGUCCGUGCCCCUAGGACUUCAAACCACCUGAGGAACAGCCCAUUGGGUUUAUGCAGACCCUGUUCCUACUCAGAUUAUCCUCAGUUUAAGAUACUUCAUAAUACUUUAUUUUUUGUAGUAUGGGGUCCUAUGUCGUCAUGCUUGUAAGAGAAAAUGAUCGUUUUAUUCUCUGUAUAAAAACUUAGCUGUAUAAAACUUAGCUCUAAUGCAGAAAUUUCAGAAGCAAAUGCAGGAAGGAUGUCUCGCCAUCCUCUCAACACAGCAGUUCUCCGGUAGUGAGCGCACCGAUUGUUCUGCUGGUUGUCGCGAAAUAUAAUGACAGUGGAAGUCACAAAAAUGUCCCCUGCCCAGCCCCCCGCCGCCCUUUAACUCCCGCAGACCGUGUGUAUAUUACUGUCUCGUGACGUUGUUGCAAACGUGGUGUGUGCUAGUUCCCCAAGGCCCGCUUUCCUUUCAGAAUACGUGCCCCGCCCCACCCCGUUAGAUGCAUUGUGGUGUUCUCUUCUCAAGGCUCUGAAAUCUCCCCUUUGCACUCAGAUUAGUUUUCAGGUCUGUCUCUGCUCCUUAAGAUACCUGAUUCCCUUAGGACAGAGCUGUAGGUACUGGCUUUGCUUUGUUUCUCACUGUUACUGCUUGUUCCGUCCCCUCCCCUUGACCACACAAUGCUUUUGCUUCAGGACCUUGUUUGUUGAACAUGUUGGUUUUCCUUUCUCUGUUAUUUAUAUCAAAAUAAUUUAUCAAAAGGAUAUUUUAAAAAAAACGAGUCUGUCUUGAAACUUGUUUACCUUGAAAUUAUCAGAAUCUCAGUGUUUGAAAGUAUUGAAGCACAAACAUGUAUCAUCUCUGUACCGUUCUGUACUAAAGCACUCGAGUCUAAUAAAUAAAUAAAUCAGCGCCCACUCGCGGUG